CUGCCUCAGUCUUGAGAGGGUUGUUUUUUUCCCCCUUCCUUCAGUCAACAGCGAAGUCUGGAAAAAAGUUUGUAAGGAAAGAUGGCGGAGAAGCGAAGGUUUGUUUGACCGAGUUGCUGGUUUUGUUUCGGCGCUGAAGGACAUGGCGGCGGUUUAUCGACUCGUCGCUCGCGCGUUUUAAAGGUAAACAAAAGCCGCUCGUGCGCUUUAUUUGAAUCUUCACUGCGACGGUUAAUGAAAACGCGGCACGCGAGGCAGCCCGAACUCUCUCGCGCAUGCGCGUAAACUCCACCGUUUAUCCGAGUUUAAUUUGGUAAUUUAUGAUAAUUUGGUCCAAAUUUGUUUACAGUUGUAUAUUGUAGUCCUUGUAAAAACUUCAGAGGAGUUUGGAGAACACAUCUGGCCAGCUGAGGAUGGAAGCCUCGUGUCUGGAGCUGGCACUGGAGGGAGAGCGUCUGUGUAAGACGGGUGAUUACCGAGCAGGUGUCUCCUUCUUUGAGUCCGCCAUCCAGGUAGGGACGGAGGACCUGCAGAUCCUCAGCGCCAUCUACAGCCAGCUGGGCAAUGCCUACUUCCACCUGCAGGACUACACCAAAGCGCUUGAGUUCCACCGCCAUGACCUCACGCUUACCCAAACGAUUGGAGAUAAGCUUGGUGAGGCCAAAGCUAGCGGGAAUCUUGGAAACACGCUGAAGGUUUUGGGUCGGUACGACGAGGCCACGGCUUGUUGCCAGAGACACCUGGAUAUUUCUCGAAUGCUCCAUGACAAGGUGGGGCAGGCACGAGCACUGUAUAAUUAUGGGAAUGUGUACCACGCCAAGGGGAAGAACAUAUGUUGGAGUGGGACAGACCCAGGAGAGUUUCCAGAGGAGGCGCGCAUCGCUCUGAGGAAAGCUACAGAGUAUUAUGAAGCAAAUCUGUCCAUCGUGAAAGAGCUAGGGGACCGAGCAGCACAAGGACGAACAUACGGCAACCUGGGGAACACGCAGUACCUGCUGGGGAACUUUGAGAAUGCUGUGCUGGCUCAUGAACAGCGUCUUCUCAUCGCUAAGGAGUUCGGCGACCGGGCAGCCGAGAGGAGAGCUUACUGUAACCUGGGAAACGCUUACAUCUUCCUGGGCCAGUUCGAGGUGGCAGCUGAAAACUACAAACGCACACUACAGCUGGCUCGGCAGCUGAGGGACCGGGCGGUGGAGGCUCAGGCCUGUUACAGUUUGGGCAACACGUACACACUGCUACAGGACUACGAGAGAGCCAUCGACUACCACCUCAAACACCUCAUCAUCGCUCAAGACCUCAAAGACAGGAUAGGAGAAGGGAGAGCUUGCUGGAGUUUAGGGAACGCCCACACGGCUCUGGGGAACCAUGAACAGGCCUUACACUACGCCGAGAAACAUCUGGAGAUUUCAAAAGAGAUCGGAGACCGUAGCGGAGAGCUGACCGCCAGAAUGAACGUUUCAGACCUGCAGCUGGUGUUGGGUCUGAAACAGAACCACACUACUAGCCACACAGAUGUCCACAUGGACAGUAACAGUCAAACAGGGGCGAAACCCAGGUCGGGACGCAGACACAGCAUGGAGAACAUGGAGCUCAUGAAACUUAGUCAAGAUAAGAGUCCUGAGCCAGUGAACGAUGAGGACGUCUCUUCCAAACAGUCCAAAUCUUCCUCCAUAGCCAAGACGUCGUCCAAACUCUUCUUCAUUAAUCGCUUUAAGGGGAAGAAACAGAAAGCCAACGGAGCGAGCCUGGCUAAAAUGCCUCAGAGCCACAACAGCUCGCUUCGUACGUCCGAGCUGGAUCCCAAGUACGCUCCGGACACUCUGGGAGACGAGGGCUUCUUCGACCUGCUCACUCGCUUUCAGGGAAACCGCAUGGACGACCAGAGGUGCUCCUUACAGGGUGGAUUAAGCCGUGGCUCCUCCCCCUCCCCAUGUGACACCCCACCCAUAGCUGUGAGAUCUAUUUCUGUGUCCGAAGAGGCGGCGUCAGCUCAGCCUGGCCACUUCCUGGACUUGCUGGCCAGCUCACAAGGGCGGCGACUGGACGAGCAGCGGGCGAGCAUGGGGACGCUGCCGGGAUUACUGCUGGAUCAGAACAACAGCCAGGAUGUGCUGAGCCAGCUCAUAGCCAACGCGGACAGCAAGGAGCCGGACGACGACUUCUUCGACAUACUCAUUAAGUGCCAGGGUUCCCGACUCGAUGACCAGAGGUGUGCUCCUCCGCCUCCCCCGACGCGAGGCCCCACAGUCCCAGAUGAAGACUUCUUCAGCCUCAUCCUGCGCUCGCAGGCCAAACGCAUGGAUGAGCAGCGCGUCAAUCUGCCCUCCGACCCUGGACCCACACCACUAAACCCUGACUGAGGUCACAUCCCAGAACAAGCGUCAUAAUACAUAGACUUAGGAGACUUAUGAAAUCACUCGGUUCUUCUCAACCAGAAGGAAUAGAGCCCCGUUUAUCUCCAGCAAAAAAAAAAAACUGGAAUCCAUAAAUCGUCUCAGAGUUGUGGUGUCUGGGUCAGUUCUGUUUUUCAUUAUAUAAACAUGAAGGACUGUUCAAGGACAGCUCAGUCUGGCUGCAGGUCAGUUCAGCAUCAGCCCCUUUCUACACUGCAGACGGUAAACACAGACGGGACCCGUCAACAGGGUGGUCUGUGUGUUUGACUGUUUUCUACAUUGUAGAACAAUAGUAAAGACGUCAACACUAUGAAAUAUGGAACAAAUAUGAAAUUAUGUGGUAAAAAAAAAAAGUGUUAAUAAUUUCAUAUUUUAGAUUCUUCAGCGUAUCCAGUGUUUACCUUGAUGACGCUUUACACACUAUUGGCAUUAUUUUAACCAGCUUCAUGAGGGAAUCACCUGGAAUGCUUUUCAGUUAACAGGUGCCUCAUCAAAAGGUAAUUAGUGCACUUUCUUGCCACCUUAAAGGGCAUAUCCUGGACCAGUUUCAUUUUUUUUUUUUUAUAUGAAAGAAUGUCCCUUUACACACUCAUCCAGAAGGGUAAUUUUGCACAAGGCCAUCUGUCUACAGCAGAAAAAAAAUAAAAUAACAAAACGCGUCUGGAAAAAUCCCGAGGGAGUCUGGAGCCAGUUUCGUGACAUCACCUGCGGAUCCGCCAGCAGGCUGAGAGACAAACACAGGAACGCCUAAUUUAGAGUAUAGUCUCUCUAAUUUCUUACCCUGGCAACAGUCACCUUGUGAAUUGCCGAUUUUCUUGGUCUUUUUCUCGGCUCUGCUUGGUCCUCGGCUUCGAGGGCCUCAGUGGAUGCGGCACUUCGCCUUCUGUCAGGGGAGACGAACACGGCUGGCUCCUUUGGUGACGCUGACACAAAUUGAGACGGUGUUGCUUUGGGCAUUCUGACAGAUGGAACUGCGUCUUUUUUCAGAUCAGGUUGUUUCUUGAAGCCCAUUUCCCCCUGCAAAUAGUUCUCAAAGUCGUCGGGCUUUAUGAAGUGAGCCCCGCAUAUGAUGCUGUGGUCUGUUGCAUGUUGCCAGUUUUUCCAGGUGCCUCGCACAAAGCGCUCCCAUUUCUCUCUCAUUGUCCGGUCUUUUGGGAAACGAUGAGUACUAAUCCCAUCAAGAUUGGUGUUGCUACAGCCUCCUACGAUACAUCUGUUAACCAUUUUAAUAAUUACGUGAUAACGUUGAAGAAAUUUGCAGAAAACCACCAGGUCGUUUCCUCAUAAACAAACCAGCGCUGACGUAGGAUUCAGAGGGAGGCGUCCCGCACGCGACGUCACGAAAAUCAAUGUUUGCCGAGAAAUCCUAACGCCAAGUUUUUUCAGAGGCGGACCAAUUCGCCUCAAAUGGCUUGAUUUCAACUGAAUUUUUCUGGUAUUGCGCAAGGUAAAAAAAUUGCACAAAAUGUGACAGAUAUUUGACCAAAGUUUAAUAUAAAAUAAGAGAAUUAUUAAUUAGGAGAUCUUGCUCCUGAAUUUACCCAAGAUGUGCCCUUUAAUGCAUUUGAGAUCAAACAGUAAACAUAGUAGCCCUAUUCCACAACUGUAGUAAUUCAUAUGUCAAGAACCGCUUGACUAAGUAAAGAGAAACGACAGCCAUCAUUACUUUGGGUCUUUUAAUUAAUAAAAAUAAAGAAAUUCAGGGUGUCCAAGGUUUUUUUUUUAGGUAGUUUUAGCUUUAAUUUCACGUCCUGCAUCAGCGGGAAAUAUUCUCCAAGUUUUGUUCAGGAUCAGAACGAAGCAUCGUCUCGUCCUCAGCGUUCCAUUAUACACUGAUUAUGUUUAUAAUUGGGUCUCCCAGUGGGUUCCUGGCUGUUCCAAACUGAUUGGCAGAAGGGAAAUGACAUACUAUACUAAGUAACUUUAAAAACGCACAAUGGAAUUCAACACGAUAUCACUUUAGAUCCAUGCAUCUAUUUGAAAUUUAUGAUAUUGUAUGUAAUGCACACAUCUUGAAACAUCGAUAAAGGACAUUUAUUGUCAAACUCAAGAAUUAAUUCACAAUAAAAAAAUUCAAAGUGACAGUUGGUCCAUGUUCACGAAAUUACAGGUUCACUAUCGUGUAUGACCUCCGUUUGCUUGCAACAAGGCGUUCACUCUUCGUGGUAUAGACCUUAUCAGACCAUUGAUCUGCCUCUGUGGGAUCGCCUGCCAUGCUUCCUGAAGUGCUGUACGCAGCUGUGCUAGGGUGGUAGGCUGUGGAACUCUCUGGCGUACACGACGGCCUAACGUGUCCCAGACGUGCUCGAUGGGGUUCAUGUCUGGUGAAUAUGCUGGCCAGUCAAGCACAUCAAUGUUCUCUGUGUCCAGGUAAUCACGAGAGACACGUGCCACGUGGGGGCGGGCGUUGUCAUGCAUAAAUGUCACGUGUCUAUUCUGGCGGAUGUACGGAGUGACAUGAUUUCUGAGGAUUUCGUUGAUGUAACGUCGUGCAGUGAGGUUUCCUUCAAGGAUGACCAAGUCAGAUCGCCAUCCAUAUGCUAUGGCACCCCAAACCAUAACGGAACCUCCUCCAAACUGGUCAUACUGACGUACACAGGCAGCAACAUAACGUUCACCUCAAAUUCAGCAAGUUUUAUCAAUGUGCGUUUUUAAAGUUACUUAAUGUAGUUUUUAAAAACCAUACUAAUUAUUUUUUUUUAUUAUUAUGAAAUACAAGUCUGUAUAAAGCUUAAUAUUCUUGGAGGUUGUUGAAUUGUUUUAGAAACAAACAGGUACUUGAAAAGACGUUUUUGUCUUUAUAAACUUUGGUUAGAAAUUAAUUGAUAUGUGUAGUUGCUUGUCUGUUUUUACAUCAGUGACCUUGAUAAUAAAAACUGAACUCUAAUCAAGACUUUUCGGUCCAAAA